AUGCAAGGUAAUUCAGGACACUACGCUAUCGAUCAUCAGUAUGAUUUCGCUUUUGAUGCUGCUAACAAUCCUUUGAUGAUGGAUUGUACUCUUGAAGAUCCAAUUUAUUCAUCUUUUUAUAACCCUACCCCAGGGAUGUGGAGCGAAAUGAGCGGUGGAUUUGGAUUAAGUACCCAAUUAUUUGGGAGAACUGAGAACCAGGAAUUGUUGUUAUGUGACAACAAUCAAGAAAGGAUAAUGACUAAUGAUCGUGUUGAGGAAAAAGGGAAGCAAAAAAUGUUGUCUCGAGAAGCAAUUUCAAAGUACUUUUACAUGCCAAUAAUUCAAGCAGCCAAGGAACUCAAUAUUGGGGUGACAUUUUUGAAGAUAAGAUGUAGGGAUUUGGGGAUUCGAAGGUGGCCACAUAGGAAGUUAAUGAGUCUUCAAACACUAAUCAAGAAUGUUAAG